GCAUUAAGCAGGAAGAAGUCAAGAAGUCAGAGAGUCACAGAUGCAAUCAUCAACACACACACCCAAAUGUGCUUUUGCAUGUAACUGUUAUUUGGUGGUGAGCUUUGCAAGAGAAUGAGAUUGUGAGGUGGAGCUGCUUUUCUAUGAAGCUGUUGUCUUGAAACUAACUCGUGAAAAAAAGGACUUUAACGUUUGAAAAGGUGAGUUUCAGUGAACAUUUAAACCUGCUUUAUUUUAUUCAGCUGUGAUUGUUUUACGGGUUUGUUAAAAGGCGAUUUGUUCACUUUUUGUACAUGAAGUAAAAUAAUAAAGAAAAUAUUCAAAGCUUUAAUCAUCCUGUCAAGAUCUGUGAUUUAAAGCUUUGUAGUUAUGGUUUUAGAAAGCUAACAGGAUAUUUUCGGACUCUUAAGACGAGGCUUUAUCAUGUUACAGUUGAGUGAUAAGGAAGUUGAACUUUCAUUUGUUGAAAAAGGGUGUUAGUUCAUGUAUCUUCUUGUUUUUUUCCUCAUGGGUGGACCUGGCUCAGGUUUCAGACCUCGACAUUUCAACAGCCUCAAAACCACAAAAGUGUUUACAGCUUGACCACAGUUUGACCAGUUGUCCUUUUUGGAUAAAACAAAACUUACAGUAAUUAAAAAAAAUGUAUUUGGGUCAAAGGAGUGGAAACCAAAUCAAACAGAGCACUUUUAAGAUUUUUUUAAACUCAUGUUGAGCAGGAAAGGUCAGAAAAACAGCCAGAUGAGUCAUGUUCAGUGGGGAUUUUAUGUAUUUUGAAAAGAGGCUGAGGGAUUUUUCCCCCGUGAGUGGAAAUGUUUGAUAUCAACAAAAGCACAAACUCUCUGGUAUUGUUAAAAGCCACUUCUAACUUCUGGUUUCGAUGCUUUCAGGUGCUUUCUUUCUGCUCCGCUCAUAGGGUACAUUCAGUUCUGUAAACACAUCUGCUCGAGACUAAAGUAUAAAUAUCUGAUCAGAGUAAAGGAGGGCGGGUUUCUGUACAUUGCGGUAAACAGACUGAGCUUCGAUUCAGCUACUUAUUGUUAUUGUCUGGUUUUCAUUUCGCCCCCUGAGACUCGAGUUACACAUGUGCGGAGUGAAACAUGUAUUUGAGAUUUUUAAGCGGGUUAACUCUUCCUGGAGGAAUGCAGAAGUCCGUUGCAUGUUAUAAUAUCUCUCUGUUUUUUAUUCUGGGGAUCCCAGAGAUACGGCCGUGUGUUUUCUCCAUGCAUUGUGUGGGUUGGAAACAGGCCAUCUUUCAUGCCUGAGUGUUUCCAGUAAUAUUUUAUAAAUGCUGACAAAUCACAUAUUUCAGAGCGGUUUCUGGGAGGAAAACAAAUCAGCGCGAGGCAGAGACGUAUUUGUAUGAUUAUGUUUUCAUGCUGCAGCAUCGUCCAACAAUGAGGGUACAGAUCUCAUGUAAAGCUUUCAUGUAAAUUCUCUCAUUACAGUUCGUCUAUUUCACCUUACAGAGAUGCAUGAAUUUGGAAAGCUGAGCUCGCUUUAAAGCGCUUUGAGCGUCAGUCGUCUUGCCAAACUGUCUCUUCUAACAAAAUCCCGGAUUAAAAUCUUCAGGGUAAAUCCACAGCAGACCCAAAUCAACCAAAGUAUCCUGAGAUAAAGAUUUUUUCUUCAUUACAGCUCUUUGUUUUAGAGACCAGUGGAUUUAAAGGGAAAGACUGAUACCACUUUUAGUUCUGUUCAGUAAGAACAAAAACCGAAGCCUGAAAUUAGUUUAACUUCCCAAGAGGUGAAAACUACAGGGACAACAAGAAGGUGGUUAAAUCUUGUUUGUAGAGUCUGAAAAGGUUGAAGUUUAUCCAAAUUUAGUCGAAGUAGAUAAAACAUGCACAGAGACAGUCAUUGUUGUGUUAUACCUGACUGCACACUUAUAUUUUACUGUUAGCCAUUUUAUUAAUUUAACCAUCUCACUAAUAUCGUCUUUUAUGAAGCAGAUUUUUUCUUCAUUACAUUCGGGUGUUAAGGUCAAAACCUGCAGUAUAUUCAGCCAGCAUAAAAACAUCUUUUAAAUCUGUUAAAACAUACUUUAAUGAGACUUUCUCAGCUUUUAAACUUAAUAUCUUUGACGAUAACUUGUUUAGUUUAGAAACACCAAUGACUGAGGGUUAGAAAAUUAAGGUACAGCUAAAAGAAGAUGAAUCUGGACCGUCUUUAACCAUGAAUUAAUCUCAUGUAAUUGAUUAUUUAAAAAAAACAAGCAAACUUCUGAACAGCCGAUUAUUUAGUUUGAUGAGUCAAAGUUUUAAACAUGACGCUGCUGGAGCUGCUCGCUCCUCUGCUCACACCUGUAACCUGUUUACUAAUCACCUGCCGGUAUUUAAACAGUCAGUCUGAGCUGUUGUUGCCAGAUUGUUGUUUGUGCUCCUGCCUUUUAGAUUUUUCCCCUUGAUUCUCGACUGGAUUUUGUUUUUUUGCACUUUGGAUUGGACUGUUACCUGCCCCUUUAGUAUGCUGAUUAAAAUUCUGUCUCGGCCUUAAAUCUGUCUUGUACUUGAGUCUCUUCAGAACUGUGACACGAGGUCUAAAUCUGUUGUUCACGCUUGCUGAGACGUUUCAUCAAAUUAGCGCAGCAGAAAUAUCAGAUAUGUGAAGGCUAACGCCCAGGACAACAGAAAUAAACAAGUUAGCUGCAGCUUUAUGUUUCCGUCUUUGCAAAGAAGUUGCUGUGACUUGUCAAAGUGAUGUCUGAAGGUUUAAUGAGACAGCUUUAACCGAACGUUUUUCAUUUUUCUUGGUGUUUAUUUGCUGUAGAUGAAAGUGGAGACUAAUUUAAACAUCUAUAAGUGAAAUGUGGACACUUAGAGUGGAUUCUUUUCAGUUAAUCAUGUAUUUUACGUAAAGAGGAAGUGGCUUUUACCCGCUUUCAUCCUCCGCCUCUUUGAGCCAAAUCUUCUCUCUUUUUUAAGUCUUGCCAACGCUACACUUUAAAACUCUUCGGCGUUUCUUCCUCUGCAUGAUUUAGGGACUCUCCAUUCAGUUAAUUUGGCCUCUAGAAAAAAAAACAAAAAAGCUUCCAGAGUGAAUAAAUAUUUUCCUUGUGUGUCUUUUAAAAAUAGACCUCAGCUCUUGCAGCGUUUCCAUGUUGUGAAAGGGAACAAAAGGGUUGACGUACAGACCCGAAUCAUCCUGCGGUCGUUACAUGAAGACGUGUGUGUUUAUUGUGGUUGUCACAACACAAUAUAAAAUGUGACACCGCAGGAAAAGAUAAUUAAAUAAUUAAAGAGUCAUUAUUGAGGAGAUGUUUUCCAUAAUGACUGGUACGUGCUGAUUUUGAAACUGAAAUCGACUGAUGUUUGAUGAGCGAAUCCGCCUUAGGGAUUAAUAAAGUCGUCUGAAUCUGAAUCAAACCACGAACGAAGUCCAGGAAAAUGAUAUUUCCAGGCACAGAGUGAGUGAAGGAAACAGUACGUAAGUUUGGAGGUGCUUGUUUGUGACACCAUUUCCUUCUCAAUUUCAACAUUGCAAACGCUGGCAGGAAGUUUACCUUCAACCACUUCCUCUGAGGGGGCAAACCAUUUGUGUCACGUGUCGGAGUUGUGAGCCUACAUGCUAUGAAGAGACCCACACAUGCACGCACGCACAUGUCACAUGGAAAUAAUUGGCCAACUUUUACAGAAAAUGUAAUCUCUGUGGAAAUUAUUUCACUUUAUACCGUCAAAAUCAGAGAAUUUUAGCAUGUUUGAUGUGAAAGCGUCACUGGAAUCAGAGGAUACACACUUUCUGGUAAGCUUCAGAUCAAACAUGCACUCGCCAUGUGUUGGAUGUCGAAAUGAUAUUGAUUGUUUCACAUUCAAAUUGGAAACACCAUGUCACAGAGUUGUAUGAACUCUUGCCUGGAACACCAUCAGUCACACGUGUCUCCUUCACAGUGUAACUCUGAGGUUUCUAAUGCCCUGCUUUGGUUCUGAUUAAAUCCAAAUGCAAAUGUUUUCCUUUUUCCUGUCGGAUCGAAAAGUUUUACUGAACAGAAUCCAAACUGUGUGAUGAAUGAAAGCAGAGAGUUACACUUUGUUAGAGAUAAUAUUUUCAUAUCUAAUGGGCUGUCACAGCAAGACUGGAGGUUUAGUCAUGCAUUUGUUGCUUUGAAGGAGAUGAGAUUAGGGGUGAACAGACCCCCGUAGAGACUUUUCUGUGAAAGUUUUAGAGCACUAAAAAGCAGACGUAUAAAAAAGGGGUGAAUAAUUAGCAGCCACCAUGAGGUUUGUUUAAAAUGAGGCGCUCAUAAGAUUAUUACCAUAACCAUAACCACCAGUAAACUAACCGUGUAGUGUUAAAGAAAGAGUGCAGUCACACUCUGUUUUCUCGGUAUGAAUGCAUGUUCACACAGACCCGUUUGUGUUGCUAGUUUAAAGAAGGAUAUUAACGCCUCGGCUUGAAUGUGUAUGUGAACGUCACAGAGGCGUGAUGGUGGGAAAAGUCGCCCCUAUUGUUAGCACCAGAGGUUGUAAUGGUAGGAGUCACUCAGAACACAAGCAGCAGUGCAAAAACUGCAGUUCCUCUAGCGUCCACUUGGGGCCGGCUGCAAAAGGUCUAAAAGCCACAUACACACCCAUGCAAAUAAGUUACCUAAAAAUAAACUUAUCAUUAUUUAAAACUCACUCUGUUAAGACCAAAACAACAGACCUACCAAAAUUAAACACAUUCAUGUACAGGUAUUUCGCUGCUUCACUGUGUUAUUGUUUUCACCUCUUUAGAGUUUAAAUCAUCUCACUUCGCUGUUCCUAAAGAUCUCAGAGGGUUCGGUUCUUGUGCUGCAUGGACUCCAAUUACGGCCUCUUCAAGUUUCUUAUAGUUUCAUGUGAUGGUCCGGAUAGUUUUGCUAUUUGGGUCCUUAUGUUCGGUUUCUCUUGGUGUUGGGUUCUUGUACUUUAUUUCAAUGCUUCCUUUACUUGUCUGUCAAAGGCCUUUUGUAAAAAUAAACUUAUUAUUAUCAUUAUUUCAAACUUGCCCUGUCCAGACUAAAAUGACAUACCUACCAAGUUUGUCUUUCUUGAAAUCCUGGGCAAAAGUAAACUGACAGACAUUAAAAAAGUCAUAUGAUAUCAUAUCAUAUCGUAUCAUCGUAUUGUAUCGUAUCGUAUCGUUUCGGUUUCUCUUGGUGUUGGGUUCUUGUACUUUAUUUCAAUGCUUCCUGUACUUGUUUGUCAAAGCCCUUUGUAAACCUUUGCUUCUAAAAGUUAGACAAAAAUUAACUUAUUAUUAUCAUUAUUUAAAACUCGCGCUGUUAAGACCAAAACUGUCUAUCUUAAAAUCUUGAGCAAACGUGAACUGACGAACAUUAAAAGAGUCUUUAUAUUUCAAGGGUUUCAUAUCUAAUCAAAGUCGUGUAGCUAAAAGAAAAUCUGUGUUUAUUAUCAUCAUCCACAGAACCACAAUCUAAAGGUGUUACCUUAAUCUUCACCAGUGGGCCGUCUUAAACGGUAAUGAGGCUCGUCUAACUCAGUUUUGACUACUUCAGCACUUAGAGAAACUACACUUACAGGUUUAAACACCUUCAAUCAGACCACUGUACCGCUACCCGCUCUGUCUCUAUAGUCCACACCGGUCCAUUAAUACGCUCCGGAGCUGCACAGGAGCUCAAAUACAGCACAUUACUAUUCAGGAAUUGGUGAAGUAAAAACCCCUUCUUAGCACCAAUGUAGUGUGACUGAGUGAACUCCCACUGACACCGUCCUGCUACUGCUCAGACUCCACUGUAAGAAAACAUGGGCUCUGUUUUGACUGCACACUGUAUCCCAUCAUAACAUUUACUCUGAGAAAUUAGGGAUUCAAAUAAAACAUGUGUGAGAGACAGCGGACUGAACAUAGCUGCAGAUGGAAACCCCAAGAGUGUGUCGAGAGAAAGAGACAGCAACUGUAUUCAGUGGCAUUAAAUUGAACUAAAACACACUUUCUGUACUGUAAAUGUGCAAGCCAGGGCAUGAUUUCGACACAUGAUGGUCUGUAUUGACAAAGGACGGAUUGCAGAAGUAAGUUGUGGGUCAUGACUCACAAAAACUGGAACUCCCGUGAGACUAGUUUGCGUAGUUCAGCAUUAGCGUGGCACCCAAGUGUGUUUAAAGAUUAACAAACAUGUCAGAGUCACAUCAGAGCAGUAAAUCCCUUCAAAAUAAAGCUCCUGAUUAUGAUCCUAUGUUGGACAGACUGCAGAGAGACGAAAUACCGCACUACACAUUUCAGCGUGUGGAGCAAGACACGACAAGUUCUGAACGCCUGGAAGUUAUGCAUACCUAGUUUUCUUCACCGAGUCUGGGUUGGAGUUGUUUUGCAAGAUUUGUGGCCUCCAGGCAUAUAUUACAACUGCAUGCAUUUCAAAGUCAAGUAGCAGCGCUGUGUCUUAUAACUGGCUGUGUAAAAUUCAUGAGUAUUUAACACUUGCUUUGCCAAGCCGAAGCAGUCGACCCCUUCAUUCCACGCAUUCCUACACUGUCACUCGCACUGACAGCUGUAUCACAUCAAUGCAGUUAUUCGCCGUCUUGCAGCUCUAAUCGAUACCAGUCAUCGAUGGAGUGAGUUUGGUCACAUGUUAAAGUGUUAGAUGUUUGAGCGAUGAAGGUCAAAACCUCUUCAUCCAGUCACUAUAACUGCUUAUAGAGUCCUUUGUGCUCCUUUUGAUUAAAUUGUUGAAUGUUUUGUUAAUCUUAAGGACUGUGCAAAACUAUCAGGAUGUGAUUUUUAUCUUUCUCUUACUAUGCUGUCUUUUAUUUAUAAUAUGGCGCUUUUUUUUUUUGCUGUGGUGGUCUCGGUAUAAGUUCUCUGUAUCCUGGUUAUUGUUAGUUUCUAACACAGUUGAAUUGAUUUGUUUUAUUUAUUGGUAUCGUAUCAUAUCAUCAUAUCAUAUCAUAUCAUAUCAUAUCCCAUAUGAUAUAUCAUGAAAUAUCAUUUCAUAUCAUGUCAUAUCCUCAUAUCCUAACAUAUAUCAUAUCAUAUCAUAUUUAUUAUCCUAUCAUGUCAUAUCAUAUCAUAUGUCAUAUCAUAUAUCAUAUCGUAUCGUAUCGUAUAUCAUAUCAUGUAUCAUAUCUCAUAUCAUAUAUGGUGUGAUAUGGUAUGGUAUCGCGACGUAUCUUAUCGCACUAUAUCGUAUCGCACUGUAUUACAUCGUAUCUUAUAUUGUAUUGUAUUGUAUUGUACCUUUUGUUAUGGUAUUGCACCACAUAAUAUCGCACCGUGCCAUAUUGCACCUUAUCGUAUCAUAUUAUAUUGUAUCCUAUCAUAUCCUAUCAUAUCGUAUUCUAUUGUAUUGUGUUGUACCUUUUGGUAUGGUAUUGCAUUGUAUUGUAUAUUGAAUCGCACUGCAUCACAAUGCACUGUAUUAUAUCAUAUCACAUUGCACCGUGUCAUAUUAUAUUGCACUGUAUUGUAUGGCAACAUAUGGUAUGUUAUGGUAUGGCAUGGUACAGUAUGGUAUUGCAACAUACUGUAUUGCACUGCACUGCAUCGCAUCAUAUUGCACUGUGUAGUAUUUUACUGUAUCUAGUGGUACUGCAAUGCACCAAACUACAGCUAACAGCAUCAUAUCGUAUCAUAUCAAAUAGUAUUGCACUGUAUUAUAUCACAUCCUGUGGUAUCACACCAAAUCGUAUCACACUGCACCGCAUGGUAUCCUAUUACACUAUAUUGUAUCGAACAUUUUGGUACAGUAUGGUAUGAUAUUGUUUUGUAUUGUAUCGCACCACACCACCUUUCUGCAUCAUAUCGUACUGUAUCAGACUGUAUUGUAUGGUAUGGAUUAGUAUUGCACCAUAAGGUAUAGUACGUGUCGUAUGUUUCCUUUCUAACGCCUCUUUUUUUCUCUGAACAGAUGGACGACAUAGACGCCAUGUUCACAGACCUGCUGGGGGAGAUGGACCUCCUCACACAGGUGAGCGAACACAGUUGUUAGUCGCCAAGUUUGAACAGUCAUAAAGUUUUAGCAAAGAAUUUGUCUGCACAUUUAAAGAUGUCUUUUACACUUAUUGUUAAUCCAAGACUAUCGGUGCUUUUCUUGAUACAGAUAAUUAUAAAGUUUAUGUGUAUUUUGAGCUGAAAGCAGUUUUCUGACGUGAACUCACAAUGUAGCCGCAGAGAAAAAUCAGUUAAAGAAAAUCAAUACAAGGAGAGAGAGAGAGUUACUUUUCAAAGGGCAGAUAAAAAGUUAGUUAAACCCUGAUACAACACUAUUCAAUUUUGGAUUUCAGCCAGUUUAAGAUAAAACUUUGCACCACUUUGGGCAGUUUUUAAAUAGUAUUAUGCUCAUGUUGCAGAUAACGUAUAUUUUUUUGUACUGUAGAGUUGCUAAACCCUAAAAUAUAAUUCAAAAAUAAAAAGGUUUGGCAGAUUGUUUAUGCAGAUUACUUUGCUCUCACCAUGUUUGAUCCUUUUUUAUUAGCGAUUAAUCCUUUUCUCACUGAAAGGCUGUUUUUUUCUUUCACGCACACUUUCGUCCAGACCGCCUGUGGUUAAAUCUCACACCUUAAACGCCUCAAAUAGACUUGUCUCCUUUAGAGGCAGAUGACAAAGUCACUAAAGCCCACCAUCGAUCACUCAGACACUCCACACUGGUCAGCACAGCACACACAGCUGGGGGUUAUCACUCUUUGUGGUCACCCAACAACCAUAAAUUACACUGGUUUCUGCGGGGGAGGUCAAAAGGCAAACUCAUAAGGCAGCUAAAGAUUACACUUUUUUUUUUUUAGUGAAAGGCCCCGCUGAUCACUUUGAUCAUGUUUCAACCCCCCCAGGUGUUGUAAAUCCCUGACAUUUCACCUGGAGGGCUUAAAUAUUACACAAAUAGGAGCCCUGUUAGGGAGCAGAUGUGAUAUUGUGACGUGGAAACUGUCUUAUAUGAUGUUUAGGUGAAUUUUAUUUGUGGGUAAACAUGGUUAGAAUCGUCUCUUCAUGCUCAUAUGAACACCCUGUUUUGUCUGUUCUGUCCUCCAGAGUCUGGGUCAGGAAACGGUCCCUCCUGAACCUCCUCCAAGCGCCAAAGAGGAAGUCAAGUUAUCCUACGGCUUCACAGACGUGAACGGUGACUAAAGAUCUUAUCUGUUACAGAUUUUUAUUUCGCAUGUACAACCCUGCAAGAGCUUCUUUCACCAGUUACCUGUCAAGAUUACCUGUAAAGUUAGUGACGCAGAGAGGGACAAAAACAACAUUCGGUUCCUCUGCUGGCUUCUGUUCAAGAGGUGAUUUCAGAUGAAGAUUGAGGGCCCGGAACGUGCUAAUUACUCCGGCUAUAAUGAGCUGUAAAACAAGCAGGUUAAUGUUAAAGCAAGGUUACAGCAUCUGUUGUUAUUAGCACUCUAAGUGUCCCUUUCCUUGUUGUCUUUAAUUAGCUGUGCCAUUAAGUAUUUAGGCUUGUCAAGUCAGGUUCAAGGUACAGAGAAAAGCUGUUUUUAGAAACACUGAGAAAACACUUUUUAACGGGACUGACAAACUGCAGCUGAGGAUGAGCUCGCUGAUAUGAUCGCAAUAACUCAGCUGACAUGAUGCCGAUGUUGACGAGAUGUCUGCGAUCAAAGACAAGAAUAUCGCCUUAUUGACUAUUAAAGAGCCGUUCCACUAAGACGACGGUGACCAUAUUCUGAAUCCCCAAAAACCGCGGAUUCAUGGAGUUGCGUGUAGUUAAUAUUGAGAGUAUUUUGGGUCAGAUUGGGUGUCUUACGCGGUUCUAACUCCGUAAAUCCACGCAACACAAGCUCAAAACUUCCAUACAAAUUCCCAGACAUUUGAAGGAUUUUAUAAACUCCCCCGGACAAGGCCGGACAGCCCCCAAAAAAGAGGACAAGUCAAGGUAAAAGAGGACGUAUGGCCACCCUAACUAAGACUGACGGAGUACAAUCACAGUGAAUUUUUUAUUUGGCUGGUGGCUGUCUAGCAUGCGUCUGGUCCUGCUCAAGGUUUCUGCCUGUUAAAACGAAGUUUUUCCUCGCCACUGUCACUCAUGUUAGAUGAGAUAGGCAUAAUCCCAUUUUAGGUUGGGUCUUGAUAAUUCAUCAAAUAGUGAGCGUGGUCUAGACCUGCUCUUUUUCUUUAGAAAGCAUCUUGGGAUGACGACUGUUGUGAAUUGGCGUUAUAUAGAUGAAAUUUGAUUGAUGAUUUGGAAUCUUGGUAGAUCAGGCUCCCUUUAUCUUUAGUUUUCCUCUUCAUCUUAAUGGCCCAAUGAAAAACAAUUUCAUCACUUUAUAAAAAACAAUCAGGACGGCCAGAACAGGGCGUUAAAAAAAGGACAUGGUCCCCCUAUCCUAACCUUAUUUUCAAGAAGGCUAGCUACAACUACUCCAGCUCUAAAUUAGGGUGACCAUACGUCCUCUUUUACCCCGACAUGCCCUCUUUUUGGGGGGCUGUCCGGCCUUUUCCAGCCUUGUCUGGGGAAUUUUUUAAAAUCCUUCAAAUGUCCGCAGUUUUGUACGUAAGUUUCAAGUUUGUGUCACGUAGACUUACUCAACUCAACUCAACUUUAUUCAUAGAGCACUUUAAAUACAACCAAAGCUGACACAAAGUGCUGUACAUAAUAACAUAAAAACAUAAAAACAACAAUAAAUAGUUGUUUUAAAAUAUAAUAAAAAGCAAUAAAACAAAUGCUGUGUCAUACUGGGUCAAAAGCCGAGGAAUUAAAGUGAAUUUUUACAUGAGUUUUAAAAAUGGACAGUGAAGGAGCUUGUCUAAUGUGGAGAGGUACUGAGUUACUGAGUUAGAAGCGUGUAAAAGACACUCGAUCCAACCCGAAAUACUCUCAAAAUCAACUUCAUGCGACUCUGUGACUCCGCCCCCGCAUAGUCGUGUCCUCUUUGCAUGUAUCCUUAACUUGGUUUAGCAUGUCUCACACUGUUAAUGAGUAACUUCAUGGUAGAAUCUGAAGUGCCUGUUGAGACAUUUCACGCAGAAGUGGUUGUCUCGGCGUCGGUGGCGAUGGAGGAAGUGUCCACACACUUCAUCCUCUGGGGAAAACAGAUCAGUACAGAUUUUGAAAUCCAGUCAUCAUUGAGAUAUUUCAUUUGAAACUUCUUGCAGUCUUCUUGUUGACCAACGGAUUUACACUGACUUCCCUGUCAAUGAUUAAGUGUUUAUGGUGCUUCAGCUGUGAAGCUUUAGAAGAAAAGGGAAGAUGGACGAGGGACAAACAGACUACUUUCAUUUGUGAAUUGCGUAAUAGGUGCAUAAAGAAAGGAGCUGGUGAAAAAUGAAAGUCGUAAAUGUUCAAAGCACAUGCAAUAAACUAAGAAAUCUUUAACACGACAAAACUUUGGGCUGACAGUGAAGGUUAAAACAUAAAGUGCCAAAAUAACCAUCUGUAUUUUCACUCCAGCGUCCCUUAUUGACCUGGAGGACACUGAUUUGGACGCUCUCAUGGCCGAUCUUGUGGCCGACCUCAACGCAACUGAAGAGAAACUCGCAGCGCAGAUAGAUGACCUGAGGACGCCAUCACCGCCUCCACAGGGCUUACCGGCACCACCCAAAGGCCUGAGCACCCAGCCUGCUCCCGCCGCCGCCGCUUCCCCUACAUCACCCCAGAGCGGCACCAGCAGCAACGUCAGCACCCCGGCCUCUUCUUCCACCUCCCCUUUACCACCUCCACCUCCUCAGUCUGCAAAGCCCACGAUGGUGAGUCAGCCAUUCUUGAAGAUAAGAGAACCAACCUUCUGACCGCGCUACUGGGAAGUGGUCCAAAUUUUAAGAAGUGAGAGUUUUAAUUUGGGCUCUUCAGAGAAAUAGAGAUCUGAUUUGGGUUGGUAAAGUCUGAAGGAAAACACCACAACGCUCAAAGAGAGACCCUGAAAAAUAACUCAGUGACAUGAAGCACAAAGAUGACACAAUCUCUGUUUCAUCGGUGGCGUGUCUUGGUUUACCACCAGCCAGCGCUUUCUGAGCCCUGCGUGACAAGACAGUAUUACAACAAAAACAUCCCCUGUUCCCAGCGUAUGAGUUUCUGGUGAGUCCUUUGUGUCUCUGUGGAAAUGGGAAGAGUAGGAUUGCUCUUACGACAGUCGGACGGUGAGAUCAUGGCGAAGCGGUUGCCGGAUGGAGGCAUCUGUUACAGUUACAGAGACUUGUGAGGCGCAGCAGCCGAGCAGUCUGUCUGGAACAGAUCAAACGCACACGGAGCCAUGAGGCAGGAAAAGAGUAACAGGAUCAAUACCAAAGGUUGGAGUAGAGGAGGUAAGAUCUGGCAGCGGCGGGGGGGCCGAGCCAGACGGGAGCUUAUUGCUUUAGCAGGGCUUGUUACCUCAUCCUUCUGAGGUAAAAACACCAGCUGUGCUGAGGCAGAGAGUGUGUCAUUGUUCGAGGUGUACAAGUUCAUUAAAUCUGCACUGUUGGCAAGAUUUGAAUGCGAAAGCGCCCAAUUCAUAAGCUAAAGAAAAGACGAUCUGAUCUUGGCUGAGGGAGAUUCGGUAGAUUAUGCGAAACGCCUCAGAUGUUGGAAUUAAAACUAAAUCAAAACAAAACACAAUACCUCCAGAAACAGAAAUGAAACUGUACGGAUUUACUUUUUGAUACCAGAGUUCAAAAUACCAGGAAACUUCCUCUUUGGCCGGUUUGUUGAGAGUUAGAUGAGGAGAGAGAGACCGCCCUCAUGUUUAUAUUCAUAAACAGUGAAAAUGCAAAUGACCAGGAUACAGUUUAUUUACCAUUUAAAAUAUCCUCCAUGUUAUUUGACUUGAAAAUUCAGCAUGCAGAGUUUCAGAAAUAAAUGCUUUGUUAAGGAGCUUUUGACCAAUCACAAUCAAGCAGGAAGCCUGAAAUUAAAGGGAUAUUCUGGCGUAAAAUUAACGUAGAGUUAAACACAGCAUAACACCGAGUUAGACACCCCCUCCAGAGAUGAACGUUGCCAACCACUUGCUUCUCUAGUUAUACCAACUUUAGUAACAACCGCUGGAUAACAAUACAGAGAGACAUGUGCUCAACCAAAACGCCACUCUAUAGCUACAAAUAAUGCUCAGAACAGCACCUAACUUCAUCAACAGGACAUAUAGGGUCCCAGACAUAGUACUAGCCACCAAACAUCUUUUUAACUUUGCCUUAUUUCUUUAUCAAAGAGGCUAAACGCAAUUUACCUACUCUCUUCCAGCAGCCGUUUGUUUGUAUGGAGACCACCGGGCGAUUCCAUCGACUGCAGUGGGGUGACGCAGCUCAAGGAAGAACAUUUGCACUGCAGACGCGGUAGUUCUUCUGCUUUAGUGUCUCGGUCUGAUUGCAUUACCAUGAAGAAAUGAUCAUAAAUGUUCUUCCUUGAGCUGCGGCACCCCACUGCUAUAAUGGACUCGCCUGAGGUCUCCGUUACUAAAGUUGGUAUAACUAGAGAAGCAAGCGGUCGGAAACAUUCAUCUCUCGACGGGGUGUCUAAUGCUGUGUUACGGUGUGUUUGACUCUAACUUAAUUUUAUGCCGGAAUAUUCCUUUAAUCUAUCUUAAUCGACUAUUUGCGGCUCCAUCUUGACUGUACAAACAUAAGAGUACAGCUGACAUGAUCAUAUAAGACCAGGAAAUGCACAAAUGCGUAUAUUUUCUUUAAGAUCUGACAUUAAUGUGCACUUUGCUGACUUCAAAAGAGAUUUUUCGUCCAAUAUUUUCUGUGUAUACAAGGGUAGCUGUACCGCAAUGACAGCAUGAUGGCAUAUUUUGGACUCAUACUAUAUCAGGACUCAUAGGAGACGUACAUCUGUUUGUCAUUAUAUUUAAACUGUUUCAUUAUUUGUCCCGUUCAGGAGGAAAUCGAGGCGCAGAUGAAAGCGGACAAAAUCAAACUGGCUCUCGAGAAGCUGAAGGAAGCAAAAGUGAAAAAGGUAAGACAGCCAAAUAUUAGAGUCCAUCUCUCUGAUCUUCCAUCCACUGGCAACUAUAAACUUUAAAGACGCUGUGAAUUACAACUGUACGGACAUCACAGUAAAAGACGUAAUGUUGAAACAUAGUAUGGCUCUUUCUUUUCUUUUGGAAGAGCCAUCAAUCAGGGUAAUGGAUGGCUACUUUCAUCCUGCCAACAUCCUGCAGGACGGUACGGUUUCCUCUCCGGGCAGAAUAUGGACACUAUCUCAUCUUCAAAGCGGUCCAGAAAAGAUCUGACAUGCGGUCUUGCAUGAAGAGCUUCCCAUCAACAUCUGCAAUUUUACACAAAACCCAAACUGGUAUCAUGCCAGCUGCAGACAUGACUUUAACUUUGAGUGAUGUGAUGCGGUUCGGUUUUUGCCGCUUAUUUCUUGUCUUUAAGUGUUACAUUUGACAAGGGUUCGACCGCAUUCGAAGUCUGUAUCAUCGUUGCGAAAGUAGUUUUGAAUGUGCGCAGAGCCUGGCGAAAAUAAGAGCAGAGGAAACACAGACGGCUGGCCACUUUCACAAGAACAUCUGUCUCUUGGUUGUUAUAUGCAGGAGAGCGAGGUGUGAUCUCAGUGGUUUCAGCAGAUCCAUCUGUGGUCGGAGGCCCUUAGGUUUCAGAUAAACCCGCCGGUUCGACACGGAUCAUGUAUUUUGUAGAUACCCAGGAAGUGCAGCAUGAGGAAUCAUAAUUCGAUAUCCAGUGACAUUUCAUUCAACCGUACGCCAAACCCAUAUUGUUUUCCAGGGAAGGGUGAGACGGAGCAACAUGUGAUCUAACACUUUAAAUCCACCCGAUAACAUCUCUGAAAACCCACAUUUUUACGACACGAGGCGAGCGCCUGGCUGACCUCGGUUCUGUGAAACUCCUCAGCAGGUCCGGGGCUGGAUUUGUUUCAGAUGAGAGGAAGUGUGAAGCCAUAUGAGCCCGUGUGGAGAGAGCAUCGCUCCACUCCAGGACAAAAUUAAUCUCAGCCAAGCUGGGAGGAGCAGAGGUGCUAAGACUGCAAUAAGAGUCAAACCGAACGAGGGAGAAGUUAUUAAAGAGCCAAAGACGCUCAACAGAACGAAGAGACGGAAACGCUGAUGCUCCAAGUCUUUUCGCUAACAUCAGGAAACAGAAACAGCUAUUUACUUUGGAAAGGCCGUAAUUAAAGUGGAAAAUAAAACAAGCUGCAUGUGCUCCAAGGCUGGGUUUGAUGUUUCACUUCAGGGACACCUGCUGCAGUCAGCAACAUGCUAAAACCUCAAUCUGCCAAGCAGAUGACCCAGAACACCACAAAACUUCAAUAAAUAGUUAGAGGAAAUACACAUUCUUUCUCUGAGAUCUCUGUUUAUCCAAAAUGAAGCUAUUUAUGUUUGUUGAAUAUGAAGCUACAGCCAGAGGACUGUGUUGUAGGUAAUACUCCGCACGAUAAUCGAGCUCAUUUUGAUUCCCCCUAACAAAUGAAUCCCAACAAAAGUAAGCAAAGUCCAGAUUUUUGACCAUUCUGUAGAUCAUUACGCCCGAUCCUGCUGUAGUGUGACGUACGAUCAGAGUGACGACUUCUCUCAAUCUGCUCAGGAAUGAAACCUUAGUCUCAAAAAAAGUAGGAACGCUGAAUGAAAGCUGAUGGUUUGUAAAUCAUUUAAAACCUCCUUUAAUUGAAAGAUUCUGCAAAGACAGCACACUUUUUUACUAGAGGAUGAGAGAUUUGAUUCUAGCAACACAAUUCAGGAAAGUUGGGAUAACACUGGAAAUAUACUGAAAAGUUACGUGAUGUUAAAAAACACUCGGAGGAACAUCUCCUGACUUAUUUAGUUAAUUUGCAUUUCAAGGGGAUUUCUGAGAAGCUGAAUCUCUAAGAAGUUCAGACUGGAUGAAGUUUAUUACUCUAUGUGUGAAGGCAGCACCACAUUAAAAAAAGGCACGGCUCUGUAGUGGAAAUCACUGCAUGGGCUCAGAAAAUCUAUUCACGAAGUGUAUUUUUGGGUUAGAUUCGGUGUUAAAACCCAGAAAAGUCCAGUGAAAUAAAACCCCGGCUCUCUUUUUGUUUCACACAGUUGGUGGUGAAGGUGCUGUUGAACGACGGCAGCACAAAGACGCUGAUGGUGGACGAGAGGCAGAGCGUCAGGGAGGUUCUGGACAACCUGUUUGAGAAGACUCACUGUGACUGCAACGUGAACUGGAGCCUGUGUGAGACCAACCAUGAACUGCAGCUCGGUGAGUUACAGCAGUGGAGGAACAAAUGCAAAUGCUGUUAUGAGAUACUAAAACUGUGUAUCUGUAGGUUAAUUGAUCCCAGAUAGUCGCAAAACACCACACUGCACAGCAAGAUGAGAUCUGUUCUUGCUUUGGUUGCAUCUAGAUAGUGGAGCGCCACAGCGUUAUGACUGCGCCCUUAAAGGGAUGAAUGUUGCCGACUGCACGAUAGCAAUACACAGCGGUCUGAGGAGCCAUAAACAAACCUCAACCAAAACGCCACUCUAUAGUCACAAAUAAUGCUCAGAACAGCACCUAACUUCAUCAACAGGACAUAUAGGUUCCUCGCCAUAGUACUAAUCACCAAACAUCUUUUUAACUUUGUCUAAUUUCUUUAGCAAAGAGACUAAACACAACUCACCUACUCUCUUCCAGCAGCCACUUGUUUGUAGCGAGACCUCGGGCCAGUCCAUUACAGAUUACUGCGAGGUGACACAGCUCAAGGAAGAACAUUUAUGUUUAUUACUUCAUGGAGAAGCAAGCGGUUGGCAACAUUCAUCUCUUGAGGGGUCUCUAACUUGGUGUUAUGGUGUGUUUGACCCUAAAUUGAUUUUACGCCGGAAUCUCCCUUUAACUGAAGCACAUGCUCAUCACAAAACACUACUGGUUGUUUGGGCCUUUAACAAGAAAGCUAUCAAUAACUCCUUCAAAAGACGAGCUAUUCUGAUGUGGGCUAGCUAACAUGAAGACGUUUAAUCUUAUAGUCAUCUAGCUAAGAGUUUUCUGUGCGCUCUGAGUCAUAGGUCGCACACUUUGGUUGUAGCUUGGUUUGCCUAUAUGGGUUCUGAUGACACUAGCCUGAGUGUUAAAGUCGACGCAGAGUCUAAUGUAUCUGCUUUGUCGAGCUGGAAGAUCUGGCUGACUUCCUGUCCUCGUAGCUUGCACUAUGAAUAUGACUCAGCGUUAGCAUGUGCAUGUGCAUACAUGAAAAACUUGGGGGACAUUUUGCAUUUGAGUUAAUUUAACUUCCUCUUUGAUGAUGAGUCAUUGAAAUGUUUAACACCUCCAAAGCCAGGCUGCACACUGAGAAACACCUAAAAUUAGCCCACAACUCUUGCAUGAUCGGAAAAUACGGCGACAUAAAGCGGUGUGUCAUCUGCGUAGCUAUGAAUAGAAAUACAAAAACUCAUGAUGACUCAACGAGGAGGAUUUUAACCUGGGUGGGACUUGAACCCAUGUGUCCACACACAUGCGGAGGAGUGUUUAUGACCAAUGAUUAAUCCAUCAACAGCCGCUGUAGCCAUCAACAUGUUGUUACUCACUGAUUUAGCACCAGGGGGGUUCAGUUUACCGUCUUUAUACGAUAGAUUAGUCGUUUUUCACGCCCUCUGACAGUUUAAUAUUUUCACUGGGAUAAUAGAAAUGAUCUCAGCAGAGGUAUGAAACAAUUGGGUAAAUUAUUGGGUGGCUGAAAAGGUACUAGAAACAGAAACGGCCUCAACGCGAAGACGAAGUGGAGGCUGAUUUGUUGAUUGAAACAUUACAGGAAAAGGUGCGAGAUGGGAGGCAAAUAUAUCAAGAGUGUGAGGAAAACAUGGCGGUGGUUAUGUGGACUGCCACUUUAACACACACAUACACACACAUACACACACUCACACUGUGCAGGGUGGGAUUUUUCAUUCAGGUCCAGAUGAUGGACUGUGUUUUUACUGGCACGAUGGCGGCCACACUGCAGCGAGCUCACAAUGAAACAUUGAUCUGACUCCGAUCCAUCUCUCUCCCCCUCCUCCUCUUUCCUAUACCCUCUCUCUCUCUCUCUUUCUGUCUGUGUCUCACACUCAGAGCACAGACAGGUGGGUUUAAUUUGCUCUAUCGGACACUGUCAGUCAUCCUCCCUGUCAUGAGGAAAUAGAGGCCUUAUGAUCUCAAUCCUCCGUCUGAGCUGCUUGCGCUAUAUUUACUUCAGCUGGACUUCUCCAUCCGCAGCUCGUUUCCACCUGUUUUCACUGUUUUCUAACAACUCCAUCAGAUUGUUAUCGAGAUAAUUCACAUUUUUACAGAACCAGUCUUAAACGUCAUGAGCCGAGGCUCGUUUUACUCCCCUGAAACUGUUUUAAUGAGACACUGGCGGUAAAGUCAUUAACCUCUGCGAGAUAUAAAAUCUGAGUCAAUAUUAUUUCGCUUGAAAAUUAUAUUCAGGUAAUUUUAGAGGCAGUUAGUCAAGCUAGCCGUGAAACACUAAAUUGAAGGAUAAGCCCGGGAUUAUUCCAUCAUUUUCUCAUUUUCAGCGAACUCUGUAAGAGUAUAAAAAUAUGCCAAGCCUUACUUAUCCUUCUAGAGAUGAAGAUCUCCAAGAAAAACAUCAGGAGUUUAUUGCUUUGAUUAAAACAAUCAAUCAUUUUCAAAAUAGAGCUGGGCGUCGGGGGUUGUUUGUCAGAAAAAAGGCUCAAAACUGAGAUGAUAGUAAAUGAGUUAGGGACUACUUUUAACGGCGGAUUGAUACACAAACAUAAAAGGUGUAUUUGGGUUAUUGACUUUUUGAAAAAAUGGACACUAUGUCUUCAUUUCUUGAAAAAAAAGAAAAGCCUUUAUGAGCCAAGUUCCAUCUGUUAACAUGGGAGGAGGCGGGGCUUAUGACCUAUACUGCAGCCAGCCAGCAGGGGGAGCUCUAAAUCAUUUGGCUUUAUCAUUAUUUACCACUUACUGGAGUCUAUUUAUUGUUGUCUUUGAACAGAUAUCACAAGGAUUCCCACUACCCACUUCUUUGCGCAAAUCUUUUCCAUUCAAGAAUGUUAUUUUCUGAUUAUAAAAGAGAGGCGCACGAAAUUUAAGAGUCACACGUAUCACUUAUUGUCAAUCCUCGCCUUGGUAAAUAUAAACAAAGACUAAUCAAGCAGUCUCCUCAUCUGACAAUUAAACAUGUUAUCAGAAAUAACCACUCUUCACUCUGAUUGUCUUGUUUCUUUCUGUCUGUCAUAUACGGUAAUUUCAGUCCGUUUGAGCUCAAAUAUCCUUACUGAAGCUUUAACUAAACCACAUUUAUUCAAGUUUUUGUUUUCACAUGUUUAUUAUGAGCCAAAUUAAAAAAGUGUUCCAGAGACUAAAAGCUCAACAGGCUUAUUAUGUCACUGUUUAAUGCAAAUCCAGUCAAAAACACUGCGAGUUACCUCUUUUUUGUUUUGUUUUUUGCUUCUCCAACAAGUCAAAAACAGAGUCUUUCAUGGAUACAGUUUGAAAUACUGCAUAUGGAGCUUCUUAAACACCAGAUACUUUCAUUUUAACCUCGAACAAUAGCUGUAGAAAGACUCUACAAGGGGAGUUGUCUCAUUCAAACUUUGAUGGUAGCGAUAUAAUGUGCUGCAGGAGAAAAAACAAAUGAGGAAAUGCGAGUUUCCCCAUUGGUCAGUGGUUUAUUUUUAACCAAACGACAGCCUUGUUAAAAUUAACCGUCUGACUCUUCUAUUUAAAGCAUGUCAUACCCACUAAACUUCUGAUGUUUGGAUCAUCUGACUCAUCUCGUGUCAUCUUUGACAAAGUGGGCAGUAUGAUAGUUUGACAAUGGAAACUCUUAAAAUGUCUCCAAAUUUAAAUGCCUGUAAACCCCCGAGAGUGUGUGUCACAUUCCUGCUCUAACGACCUUCAAUCUCUAUCAACAAAAAGCCGAGGGAAGUACAUCCCAGAAAAGACCCGCAGAGCUCAAACAAACCUCCGCUGUUAAAGUCGCCCAUGUGCUCGCCAUGCACGCCACCGAAACGCACCAUGUGGUUAAUGCACUUCAAAAGGAUUUUCCCUUCAGCAGCAAAGUCACACCAUCCGUUUAAUGAUUGUAAUAGUCAAACUAUGGACUGGAACCCUGGCUGCAAUUUAUUUAAUGUCUACCUCUACCUCGCCUGGUAUCCUGUAAUUGGGGAGCAGGGCUGAACUACAGUCUAACGCUCGGGCCGUGAUGGAGAUCUGUUGCACUGUGUGUGUGGGUGGGCGGAGAGGAGGAGGUGGAAAAGUGGCCUUAAUGUGUUUUUGAGGUUUAGUGCCACUUAAAGUCCUUCCAUCGAAAUGGGAGGCUGGAAUUUUAUUGAACCCUUUCUUAAUUAAUCCCACUUGAAAUAUUGUACAGCUGUGAAACCUCCCUUUGAGGGGAGCUCAGCUGACUUAAAGAUUUUCUGACGGAGUGAACCGCUGUACACGAGGCCGAGUGUUUGUUCUGACACCAAAACAGAGGAGGCUUUGGAGGAUGAAUAAUAAAUCUUCUCACCAAUGAGGAGACGUGUUUUAAUUAUUUAUUAAUCAUUCUAUCAUCAGCAUAUCAAUUGAGUUUCACAAACUUAAACCCAGCCGCCAAUUUUGCAGGAACUUCUUGUUCGGCCUGAGCGAUCUGGCAAUUAAAAAAUGAUCACGAUAUAUUUUGUCAUAUCGUGCAAUCUCGAUUAUUAUCACAGUUAAGCAUCUCUACUAAAAACUAAAGACACCAGCGAUUAGUUCAACAUUUUAUUGACAUACAUGGUAUAAUAACAAAGCAAAUUAUAUAAGAUAAACAUACUAAAAUAUGUAUAAAAACCAUUUAAAAUGUCAACAUUAGAUGAUGUAAACCUAGAUGAUAUGAUUGAUUGCUGCUUCGGUCUGGUGGCUGCACCACUAGUUGUGGCUAAACUGCUAAUGCUAAAUGCCAUCUGCAGUGGCAGGUGUUACAGACUCCGCCCACAUUUUCAUGCUUUGCGAAUCACUUGGGAGGUACUCUUUUGUGUUGCCGGUUUUUGAGGGCACCAACCGCCGACAUACCUUGCACAUCGGCUUAAUUGCUUGACGUCACUUUAGAGAUACCCAAACCACCUCCAAACAACCGACGUUGAGUAACUUCUCUUCUCAACAAUGACAUCUUCAGAGGAUGACUCAAAGUCACGGCUGACAUCUAAUUUGUUGCUCUCAGCUCCGCAUUUAGCUCCAGCUUUUGUUUACUUCCUGUUUACUUCUCCGGCAACUUAUAGAAGUGAGCAGGAAAAGCUCGACUCUGAUUGGCUGUUGUGACGCACGUUUCCACUAUGUUUGAUCGAGUAAAUAUGCUCACAGCUGAUCACCAUGAUUGAACUAAUAUUUAUCGCAAUCAUUAAUCACGGCCAUAUGAUCGCCCAGUCCUCCUUCUUGUACAACUUGACAAACUUUGCAUCUUAUUUGCACAAAAGAGUAAAAGAAAAUAAUCAAAUGAUGCUUAAACUUCAUAAGACAAGAUUAUCUGAGUACCACCUUUGCACGUUUCCUGACCUCUUAUUUUGCUUUUCUUUUGGCAGAACGUUUUUUCGAAGAUCACGAGAACCUCGUGGAGCCUCUGCUAGCAUGGACGAGAGACAGCGAGAAUAAAAUCCUCUUCCAAGAGCGGAAGGAAAAAAAUGAGGUUUUCAGAAACCCACAGGUUGGUCGAAUCAUUUUUUAUGCCCCUUAAUAUGUAUCCUUUAAAUCAUAGGUGGAGCAUAUGUGAUUUUUCAAGAGCCCCACACAGGCCAGCUCGUUAUUCUUGGCAUUGCUUUGUACAGAUCCAUCUCCAGCAUCUGGCUAUUUUCACUACUGAACUGUCUGAAUUAUGGGAUGUUUUUCCUCUAUGUGCGAUGACCUCCUACUACUGUGUCCUCACUGUAAUAUAUCAGACAAAACAGCUUCAGGCAAAAGACAUGGAGAUCGUGGCAUGUUUGUUGAUAUAACGGGAAGCCUUAAUAAUCUCAGUGUGUUUAACGGAGGCCGUCUGUUGGCAGAGACGAACUGCCAGGUUAGAAAAACUGAUGACACUUUCUCCUUUUAAAGAUACUCCAUCAUGUACUCCCCGUCCCCUUACCAAAGACGGGUCUGUUUUAUACAGUAUGUCCACUUUAAUUUACAGUUUUUACUUUUGACAAGAGCUACCAAAAAGAAAUCCCCCUGUAGCUCAAAAACCCAGACCAGAACUAUCACAGAAAGCCAAACCAUCCUCAAUGUUGUUGAGUGAGUAAAGUUUGAGGGUUUUAAGUAAGUGCAUUACUUGGCUUUUUUUAUGUUCAUAUUUAAUAAGUUUCCAUAAAAGAAAACAGAAGGAUUAAAAAGGUUAUAAUUUACAUCAAAACAAUGACUUAGCGGGUUUAUUCAUCAUGCUUAUCAUCUUAAAUGUGAUAUUAAGCUCUAAAAAUAUUUAUAUUUUGAAGAGCACCCAUGAAGAUCUUGGUCAGCAUGUUUAGAUAGGUGAGACAGCACGCUAACUUAGCGCUAAAAACUUUAGAGGAGAUAACGUCGUAUAUUAAGCAUUUUUUCCACCAUAGCUGAUCAAAAAUGACCAGUCACUACCCAAUCUAGUACUUAAUACAUGUAUUAGAUCAGUGGUUCUCAACUGGAGGGUCCCGACCCAAAAGUGGGUCACGGACACAUUCUGGAUGGGUCGCAAACAGCCGGUCAAAAAAGUAAAUAUGUAAUGCGCAUCUGAUGUUUGACACGUCUUUUAUUUUGAAAAAUUGCUUAUUUUGUGCAAUUUGAUGUUUGAUAUUUUCUAUAUAAGCAGCUUCAGUAGUUGUCGUCCUCAGUUCAUGUGCUCUGAAAUGCACUUAACUCAAUAAAAUGGGUGUAUUUGUGUUAAAGAUUUGAAUCUUUUAAGUUUUUUUAUGUAUAAAAAAUAAAUUUGCUUGGUUUGAAUUCUAUAAAAGUGGGUCGUGACUUCAGGACCAUGUGAAAAAACUUUGGGUGUGAUUUUGUUUACAUCCCUGAGUCUGACUCGUAAUAUGCUAAUAUUUGCUUCUUAGCGCUAAAAACAAAGUAGACCUAUAGCUCAGGCUAAUGGUGCUGUAGUUUAGCAGUUUUUGGUGAUAUAUAAUCGAUGAAUUAAUGUCUAAACUUUCAUGACAGUCUCUGCAGGAUUUAAGUCACAAAUACUCAGAUGUAGGUGCAAUCGGAGGACAAAGUCAGAGGAUAACAAGAACUUCUCAUUGUUUCAAAGUCCUGAGUUUUGGAGUCUGUUCAUGGAAGUCAGAGCCAGACUUUUAAAGAUCGGGAGCAUAACUUAAAAUACUCUUUAUGUUCAUAGAUAAAUGAUAAAUGUAUGAUCACGAAUGCUGUUUUUAUCUCUGUAGAACUUUUAUCUCUGGAAAAAAGACAAGAAAACUCUCAGAGACAUAAAAGACAAGGACAAGGAGUUACUGGUCCAGGUAAAUAAAGUCACACAUGCUGUAAGUGAAAUCUCAGUGUUCCCAGUGGGACCUCGUCUCAGUAACCCCCUCUCUUUCAUCCCCCUCCCCACCUCUGCAGGAGAACUUCUGCGGGACCUCUAUCAUUGUCCCCGAUCUGGAGGCUGUGCUGCACCUCAAAGAGGACGGCAAGAAGUCCUGGAAGCAGCGGCUCUUCCAGCUGAGAGCUUCGGGAAUUUAUUACGUGCCCAAAGGGAAGACAAAGGUCAGGGGUCAAAGGGGGGGCAGCAUUUUGUGGCAGAGACUGGGAUAUAAACACACGGCUCAAGCUAAUACUCCAGGGCUAAUACAGUAGAGACAGUAAAGCUGAGCUGCAGCAGAUAGAUGAAAGAUGUUGCACAAUCAGCAGAAAUACAAAGAAAUGAAAGUUGAAUCUGGACUACGGCUUUAAGCGAAAUAUCUGAACAAUUUACUUUAUAUGUCUUAGGGUCUCUUACCUCCAAAUUUACCCAGUUAACUCAAAUUAACUCAAACUAUCUUCUCUUUUCAGUCGUCUCGAGACCUCGUCUGCUUUGUCCAGUUCGACAAUCUAAACAUCUACUACGGCAAAGACUUCAAGAGCAAAUACAAAGCUCCGACUGAUUUCUGCUUCGUCCUGAAGGUAAAAGAGCUUUAAAUUUGUCGGUUUGCAGAUUUCACUUUAACUCUUUUCCAGUUAAAUUAGCAGAGAGAAGCUGCAAGUUCCCCAAACUGCCACACUUUUUUAUUCAGUUUGCUAUUCUGUGUAAUGAGGAACAUAUUGUAGCUCGACUUAUCAGUAAACAGCGACAUGGAGGUUUCAGUGUAAACUGUGAGAUGCACAGAUGGAAAUGUAAAAGCAAUAAAUAGUAUUUUUUUACAGAAGUGAAAGGAGGCAGUUUCAUCCAAAGUGGUGAGAAAGAAAGAAAGAAAGAAAGAAAGAAAGAAAGAAAUGAUUUUUUUUCGUGGUUCCUGAUAUAUCUUUACGGUAAAAGUAAUUAAAACAGAGAACUUGAAAAGUGGGAAUAUUAAGAUUGAUGGAGGGUACCUACAGUACUCAUUUCAGUGUAGGAAAUGCUGACUUGCAUGUGAGAAGUGGAGCUUUUAUGGGUUGGUGGUCAGUCCUAAACGGAUGUGAAAGUCUGCUUUCUUUCUUUUCCCCUAUCUCGCCACGAAACACAAGAAUCAGCAGAUACUUUUUCGCCUAGUUGUGGAGGAUCAAAACAAAAAGAGCUUAGAGAGGCAGAGAAGCUGAAUUACCCACCUGUGAGAGACAGAGUCCUCAAAGUUUCAGCUCAGGUGAGGGGACUACACGGAGGUCCAGGAUACGUUUAAAAAUAAGAGUUUGAGCUAAAACCAUUUUUUAAAAACUGCUUCAAGCUGUUUUAAAUGAAAAGAUGAUUUAAUUCCAGCUUUUCUUUGCCAAACUCUUCAUUCUUGGUGUUUUGACACAUUUUCCUGCUGGUGUUUAUAAGCGGCGAAAAACUGCACCAACUCAAGGACGAAUCUGUUUAUCUUCACGAUGUAGUUGUUAUAUAUUCAGAGGAGCCGCCUGAGGUGAUCGCUAACAACAUCCUCAUUAUGUGCAACUGAUAUCCGACCAUUAUUCUGGAGAUCAGCUCCUUCUUCAGGGGGGGAAAUCAUUCCCAGCAAUGACACAGAAAAUAGCCUUCAGAUCGGUCUAAUGAUGAACACUUAUUGGCAGAGAAAUAAGACUAUUGGAGUAUCAGAGACUGAAUACUUUCAAAACUGCUCGGAAUUAUGGGAUGUAAUCAGUCGAACAUGUUCAACCGCAAGGUCUCCGGUUCCUUAUUUAUUCAUAAAUGCAGACAAGACAAAUCCAAACAGGAAUUGAAAGUAUAACACCCAUUUGAAUAUUUGUUUCGAACCAUUAAAAUCAGGGUUCUGGAUCAACUCUGCCCCCUUGUGGUAGGAAGAGACACAGUUACAGAGGACUAAUGUAACUGGAAUGAGUCUGUUUGUUGAUUAAAAAUACUUUAGAGGGUUAUUGCUAAUAAAUGAAUCACUUUUAAAAGAUCUCCCAGCUGUAAAAGAAGUGAAGCAUCCACUUCAUGUGAUUCCGUUGAGUUGUGAUGGGUUUCUAUAACUGGGAAUAAAUCUUCAACAUGAUCUUCAUUGUGACUUAUCUGGUGUAUCUACCAUGUGCGUUUAUCCCUGCAGCAUCCUCAGAUCCAGAAAGAGUCUCAGUACAUCAAAUACCUGUGCUGUGAUGACGCCUGGACCAUGAACCUCUGGGUGACGGGGAUUCGUAUCGCAAAGGUCGGUGGUUUGAUGUGUUUCUGCGUCUAAUAAUGAUAAGAAAUCAUCUCCAUUUGGAUUAACAUUUGUCUUCUUUCUUGUAUGUUUCAGUACGGUGUAUCGUUGUAUGAUAAUUAUAAAACGUCUGAGAAGAAAGCGGUGGUGAGCUCUGCGUGGACGAACCGCAGCACUCCGUCUCCAUCCAGCUCCAAUCAAUCAACCCCGUCACCCACCAUCAGAGGUAAAGAUUUCACCGUGAUGUGAAACAACCUCAGCGUGAUGAAACAAAUGAAAACAUGUGCGGUAUAUUCACUCGUGGUUUUUCUUCUCUGCUAGCCAAAUCACCAAACCAGGCCAACGGUCAUGCUACGACACCCCAACCAGGACCAGUUUCGAUGGUACAGUAUAGGACUGGACUAAUGAUCUUUCACUAUAGAUUUAUUUUUGAUUGUAUUUGUUCUACUUUUUUUUUCUCUCCUGCUUCCCAAAACUCAAAAAGAGGAAAUUCUCCUCUAUUCAGACCCCAAUAAACAUAAAAAAGUGUCGUAUAGUUUCUUAUAACCUGCUGCAACGUAACUUUUAUGUAUUUGCAAAUUUAUCUCGACUUUUAUUCGUGUAUGAGACAAGUUUAGAAAAUACUACAUUACCCAUAAUGCCACCAACAGCCUCACUCACUUUAGACCUGGGAUUGUAUUUGGUUUCAUGGUGUAAAAGUAUGUCUUCAAAUGUUGCUUUACUCUUCCAGGAUUCUGGAUUUGUCCCACCUCCACCUCCACCUCCACCCCCGCCAAUGGGUGAGGUCCUUCCUCCACCACCCCCUGACCCGGUCCUCCCUCCUCCACCUCCUCCAUUGGCUGCCAAGAGCUUCAAAAAACCUUCGCCUCCCCAGCGACACACGCCAAUGAAUUUCCCUCCACCUCCACCUGCGAUGGACAACCUCCCUCCUCCGCCUCCGCCUCCACCUAUGAACGACUCCUUCGAGGACCCGCCAGACUUCCUCCCGCCUCCUCCUCCCGCCGCUGGUUUUGGUUCACUGCCACCUCCUCCUCCACCUGUGAGCUCCCUACCACCACCUCCUCCUGCUGGUUAUGGAGGUAUGGACCAGUCUCUUCCACCUCCACCUCCUGAUCCAGGGUUUUUACCUCCGCCUCCACCUCAACCAAUGUUCAUAGGGGGUGGAGCACCUCCACCGCCUCCCCCGCCGCCUCUAGCUACUGCAGCACCGAGACCUGUCCGGCCGUCUGGCUCGGUGAAGAAGAUGCCUCCUGCUCCACCAAGGAGGACUACACCAUCGCUGAGCGGAGGAGGAGGUGGAGGAGGUGGAGGAGGUGGAGGGGACUUCAUGUCAGAACUGAUGAUGGCCAUGAACAAAAAGAGAGGCAGUUCUUAGACAAAGUGAGGGAUUAUGGAGGCAACUACACCCGUACAACAACCAACCUGACCAGCCUUAAACCGAAAUGGAGAAAAAUCGUCUCCAACACGAAGACGGCGGAGAUCGAUACCCAACGUUUUAUCUUACGAGCCAAGAGAUAGUGACCUUUUUCAAGAACCAAAAGCUAAAUGUCAAAUUUGACUUUAAAAACAAGAUGAAUCUGAUUAAACAUCAAAAAUGUUAUUAAUUUUCUUUGACUAAACUAAGAGAAACUGUUCAUACGAUAACGCCAGAGAUUUACAGAAUUGUACAUAUCUACAAACGCUUGCAUGGAGAGCUGUAAAUACGAGUAAAACACUGAACAACUUUGUCAACAACUUUGUAUAAAGACUCUUUCUUUUUAAAUGUCUGUUGCCUGAAUAAAUACUUUUAAAUCCUGGUGGUACGAUCCUCACUGAA